AUGGUCGGCUUCAGACCCUCGCUGUGCACUCAAGAGGUCAUGCUGCUGAUUAAGAGGCAGAUAGUCGACGUGGUCAUGAGAGACAUCCGAGUCAUCUUGGCGCUGGACAUCGCCAAGGCCUUCGACACGGUCAAACAAAAGCACCUCCUCGACUCUGUGACGAGACUGAACCUUGGCGAACGCUUUCACGCAUACGUGAGCUCUUUCCUAAGAGAUCGCAAGGCCACGAUCAAGUUGGGCCAGAUCAAGUCGGAUGGAUACGCGCUGGGAGCCUGCGGCACGCCGCAGGCUGCGGUGUUAUCUCCACUGCUCUUCAACAUCGCCAUGAGAGACCUAUCAGUCCGACUCGACCGAAUCGGGGCCGUCAAUCUCAAUCACUCUCUCUACACGGACGACAUCACCGUCUGGUGCGGCGGUGGGUCGGACGCAGCGGUGGAGCGGGCCCUGCAAGAGGCCUUGCAUGUCACGGAAGAAUUCCUCGAGGGCACGGGGCUGGUCCUCUCGCCGACCAAGUCUGAACUCUUGCUGUAUCGGCCCGACAGAAAAGGCCGCAAGUUCGACACGACGCUGGACCAGGUACCGUUCGAACUCAGAACGAAGACGGGUCAGCGCAUCCAGAGGGUGGAUUCUCUCAGGGUGCUCGGACUAGUCCUCAAUGCAAAGGGCAGCAACGCGCAGACGAUCGCGCGUCUGAGCGCGAAGACGGAGAACACGCUCAGACUAGUUUCGCGAGUGACGAGCAGGAAGGGAGGCAUCAGCGAAGCCAACCUCAUAAGGAUCUGCCACGCCUUCCUCAUGAGCCAUAACAACUACGUGGCUUCUGCGCUAAUCUGGUCGCGGUCGGAGGAGAACAAGAUCGACGCACUCAUGAGGAAGAGCACUAAACGAGUCCUCGGCAUCCCCGUGACGACCAGCACGGAGAAGUUGAUGCAACUCGGGGUCCACAACACCCUGAGCGAAAUGAUCGAAGCACAGAAAACGGCACAGAUUGUUCGCCUCUCUACCACCAAGGCCGGUCGUCGAAUACUCGAAAUGGCGGGUCUGGCAGCCAUGGCCGAGGAGUCCUACACCGUGGCUUCACCCGAAGAUGGCCAGUGGGGCGUGCCUUUGCCAAAUGGGGGCUGGAGUGGUAUGGUCGGCAUGGUGUAUAACAACAAAUCCGACCUGGCUCUGGGUCCUUUAGUGAUGACGCACGGUCGCUCGCAAGUGACCACAUUCAGCGCCCAAGUGACUACGGACUACCUGACCAUCCUGGCCGGCUUUCCCAACGUCAUUCACGCAAGCAUCUUCGGCACGUUGAUGGCAUUUGAUUUGGAGGUGAACGAAGCAGUCUCGUGUGGAUAG